AGAGAAUUGAUAGAACGACGAUAUCAAUAGUUCAUAAUAUGGACAAUUGAUGGAGCCAAAAUUGCAACUUCAUGGGUUCUAAAUGAUAGAACGACGACAUCAAUGGUUUAUAAUUGACUUUAAAUUUAAUAUUUGUACAUACUUAAUGAAUUUCUUAAAACAAAUAUGUUGUUCAAGUAGAAGUUACUUAAUUUGACUGAAUCCAUAUUCAGACUUCUAGCUCCACACUAACCUCCACCCCACCCCUACCUCCACACCAAGGUGUUUGCCUAAAUAAUAGUGUAUGAAAGCUCUUGGGACAAUAUUUUAUGCUUACCAACCGAGCGGAAGGAGAGUAUUAGUAACGAGCUCGAGCUCGGACAACCCCAUAACUUUUAUCAGAUUAGAUAUUUGUAUUAAGAAAUUUAUUAUGUGUAGAUAUUUAAUUCCCAACCUAUUAAUUUUUCAUGAAAAUGUUCUCCGUCAUACCAAACACACCAUAACUCUUUCUCACUUUUAAAGCAAAAUCUAGCGUCUACUUCGUAAGAGGAAAAAAAACAGAGAGGUUUUUUUCUCUUUCCCACACUUGAUGGUUAAAGUGCACUUUGACCUGUGUUUUGUUAUGAGUAUAACGAAAAGUGUGGGGGCUAUGCUGAUCAGGUAAUCAAUACUUCUUUUUCCUAGUGAACUGUGCUAUUCUCGUGUGACUCUUGGCAUGUUUAUCAAUUAGUCUCUACCAAGUUUACAUGCAUAUGACUAUAUAAAUAUAUGUAUUUUUUCAAACAUAGCCCAGAAAAAUAAGAGUCAUUCUCAAGGUACUGAUCCCCUCGAAGUUCCUACUAACACAAGGUAAUUCUUUUUCUGUUUCUACUUUGCUCAAUUCAAACUUCAGUCUACCAGAUAAUUUUCAUAACAACAUAAUGUCUGCAAGUACAAUAUAUGCACUGCAGAUAAUUUUCUAUAUUAUGUUUCUGUAUGAUGUAUCCUAAUCUGGUUUUGUCACUUUUGUCAAGGUAUCUUUCAGGGCAAAGCAAGCAAUACAGCAAUGGAAAGAGAGAAUUCAGAGCUGUACCUGCGCAACUGUCAGAUUAUUCGCGAGAAUGAGAGGCUGCGGAAGAAAGCUCAACGUCUCAACCAGGAGAAUCAAGCUUUGUUAUCAGAGCUGAAACGGAAGUUAGCAGCUAAAAAUGCCAAGCGGAAACCUGGAUUUGAAGUUGAAUUGGGUUCGAAUUCUGUCAGUGAUCAAAUGGAAGCCAACAAACGUCAGGCACUAGAAUGAGAGGUGCUUUAUGCAGU